AUGCACCACCAGCGUCGCAAGUCCGGGCAUGCUUCAACCAACACGUCUAUGACGGAUGUUCGUAAGGCUGUCACAGUCUCGGAUCUUUCGCGACCAAAACGCCCUCAGACUCUAUCCAGGAGGACAACGCCUUCAGUUGUGCAGAAGCUUGGCAAGAAUCCCAGAGACAGGGAAAGGGAGUGGGACGAGGAACGAGGAUGGGAAGAUGAGCGCGAGAGCUUCCCUCAAUAUUGCAUGACUUGUGAGAAGCAAUUCGUCCCUUCUGGAGAGAGGCAUCUAUACUGCUCAGACUCGUGUCGCAAGCAUGACCAGAUGCCAACUUCUGCAGUGUCACCAUACCCUCCUUCAAAGAGUUAUGACAGCUAUAGCAGUCUGCCCUAUUACUCUGCAGGCAGCUCGGAACCUCGUGACAUCAUACCAAGGGCUUCACCUUCACGACCUAGCUCGACUUACUUCUCCCCGCCUACCACACCAACCAGCUCACAAUAUACGAGUGCUGUAUCCGCAUUGAAGUCUUUGACGAUUCGGCCACCGAGCCCGCCAUCACCGACGACAACCAGUUCCAGUUUUUGGCCUUUCGCUAAGACGGCGACCACUAGCCCAAGCACAUCGUACAAGCAGUCGUCAAACUUCUAUCCCUCAACCUAUGACACCGGCUAUGGCGCCUCUGGCUACAACUACGGAUACACAACAACCAACGUGCCUGCUGACCGGCCUUUACCAUCAAGGAGGCCGGGAGGUUACAGUCGACCGAAGAGUAUCGAACUGGUAACCCCCAUGGUCGGCCGCUGA